UCCGAAGAAUAUUUAUACUGAUUAAUUAAAAAUGUGGAAUCCCACUCAUUUUCUGAGGAAGACAUCCAAAAAUCCUCGCUUAGAACAACUCGCAUUCCUUACAGCGUUGUCGGUUUCCGCGCUUGCUCGCAAAAAUGUUACAAAUGCUUGUUCAACGCUAAACGGCGGCCUGUUUUACAGGAAGUGCUCCAAACACUGUUAAGAUAUCUUAUAACCGGUCGUUUUAUCAUUACUAAAAUUGUCUUAUUAUUCACAGAACAUUAGUAUUGAUAGUGAUGGCCUUUAUGUUAGGCGUAUACAAAUAAAACCUCGAAGGGUAUUUCCUAGACACGCGUAUGGCAGGUGUCUUAAGGUCUUGCUUUGGCAUUAGUAAUAAAAUUUACCAUUGUAUGCAUUCAAACAGGGCUUAUAUUAAUUUUCAAUUUUCUCUACGAACGCUGUGGCUAUGAUGUUGAAUUCAUGCAUCAUUGCAGCUGCUCCACAGCCAAAAACAAUUAGCGCCAAGGCCCUAAUCAGCUCGUGUAGCUAAUAAGUUUCAAAGAGAGCGAGUUGUAAGGAUCAGAAUUGCACGGACUUCAGUCUUCGCACACGUACCACUGAAUAUAGCGGUCACUCAUUGUAACUAAGCCAUGGAGCAAUCUCUUGGUCUGGGCAAACCCCAUAGCCAGUAUGUAGUCAGUGAUGUCUUAGGAAUCGAGAGCUUGGCAACUUCCUCCUCUAAGUUCCCCUCCUUGGUUUACAGAAGUUAUCAGACUCCAUCGGCAGACCUCCAAGCACCAUCAGAUCCCCAAGGACAUGCUGAUGGUGAAAGCUCUGCUACAGUGAGGAGAAAGCAACGUAGAAAUCGUACCACAUUCACAAAGCAACAAUUGCAAGAACUAGAAAAAGUAUUUGAUAAAAAGCAUUACCCAGAUAUCGCCCUCAGAGAAGAGCUUGCUGCCAAGAUUAACAUCAGCGAGGCGCGAAUCCAGGUUUGGUUUCAAAACAGACGAGCCAAAUGGCGAAAGAGACAAAACCCGUCGCAGAGUUUUACGAAAAAAGUGCGCUAUCAAAGCGAAAAACUUGGACCGCACCUGCCAAUUGCUCCCAGACCAAGUAUUCCCUGUGGACCACCGAACUACUUCCUUGGUUUACCGGGUGCAGUUCCUGUGAGCGCCCAUCACCACACAUAUCCAGGCAUUUUGACUUCUCUCAACGCUACAAACUCUAGUUACAUGUCUUCAUCGCAGCUACCAAUGCACAACGGUACGCUUUGGCCUUGCCAAGGCGCCGCUUUCUCAAGCCAUGCCGAACAACCUAAGAUGGCGCUGGAAGCGUUGAGAAUGAAGGCGAAGUCACACGCCUCUUCAAUGUCUGCGUUUGAAUUCGUUCCAUCGUACCAUUAGUUCACGGCUUACGCUACCUUACCGAGCAAGAGAAAAAAUAGAACGAGAACGGUCCACCGAUGUAAAGUCAACGAAGAAUAUUGUUUUUGACAAACAGUUGAAAUAGCCAAAGAUUAACUUGAAAUGUCAAGGUGAAGCACUAUAGAAAAGUACGAGAACUUGGGCGCAAAUAGUAGCAUUUUGAUAUGAGUAUUUCCUUUCAGCUAAGUCAGUGGAUAUAAGAACUCUUUUGGCUGAAAAGAGAAUUGUAAAAUUACCGAAAAACAAUCAUAGAAUUCUCGAUGAAUUUACGAUCAUUUGUAGUAUAUUAGAUUUUUAUAUUACAAAAAAAUUGCAAGACAUUUUAUCACGAAAGGUUUUCGCCUUGGUAGAGUAUUAAGCUUUACCCAAUAUAAAAUAAGAACGCACUUUAUUUAAGAUGUACUUUAUGCCUAUUUGCGCUAUUAGUAAAUUUUCUUUUGAAAGACUGUCAAUGGAAGCUCAUUAAUGAAGCCGUGAAUACUUCCAAGGCUUUUUCGCUUCGCCCCGCCUGGAACUUACAAACCCUAAGGUGCUAACACACCUUAAGCAAGUACAUUUUCAACUAGCAAUUUCAAUAACUGUAUUAUCCAUAAACUAAAACAAUAUUAACGCCCUGGUACCACAUACAAGAAGAAAAAGUGAGAAUUAUUCUGUAAGAAAAGAUUAAAAAUCACCAAAACCUCAACAGGGAUGAAACUCAGUCAUUAACAUUUUAGUUCUUAUGAAUUUUCAGGGUCAAAGUAGUGAAGUAUUCUUCCUGUUUCUAAUAACUGUAUAGUUUGCUUUUGCGCUGAAUCAAUAAUUUAUCAAAGCUAAAUUUAUGCUAUGGGUAUAAAGAGAAUGGUCAGAAAUACGUCAGUAACAAAUAGCGUGCAUUGUUAAUAGAAAUGGAAAAACGGACAAAUUUUUCUGAGAUCUUGAACUCAAACGAAGUUUAUCUCUUGUCUCAAAAAACAACAAACCGACACUAUUCAUUACUUUAAAAUGGAAUAACCACAUAACUUUUUAUACUUUACCGAAAUAAUCCAUUAGAUCAAAUUUUCACAAUAAAGGAAAUUAAACACUUUA